AUGCGCGAAACAGCACGUGCUCGCGCAGAGAUGGAAGUGGACUGCCCUCUUUUUCUCUCGCAAAGAAUGCGGAGAAUGCUGGCGUCCAUCCUUAAUGUUCCCAUAUCGGAGCCCGCAGGGGAGAAGGAGUUCGACUCCUCUGCGGUGGAGGAGAGCGUCGCCAAAGCUAUUGCAGCGCUAACCUUCAAUCACAACCUGCCUCCGUCAUACGUCCAGUACUUCUUGAAUCAGGAGCCCCGGCUGUGGACAGCGCAGCAGGACUCUGAUCACGAGCGUGUCUAUCGUUCGGUCUUGGAACGAGUCCAGCGAGGACUCCGCGAGGAUCCGCUCCCGAACGUAGACCUGAAUCCUAGCCCGGAGGACAGUCUGCAAAACUUGCAGGCGGCUGUAGUCAGCUUGAAGGCCUCCACAAAUGCUGCUUACGGGACUACAUCGGCGAAAAACGAGGAUGUGGUCCGGCAGCGCAGAGGGGAGUACCCCAACAUCAAGGCCUGGUUCGGACCAGACCUCAUUGACGAGGACUCCUAUGUGUUCAAGCGUGUUAUGACGAACAAGCUCCCGAUUGCUCAGCACAAGACUGAAAUCACGGAGCUGAUCAGGGACAACCAAAUCGUGCUCAUUCAGGGCGAGACAGGAUGCGGCAAAACUACACAGGUGCCGCAGUACAUCUUGGAGGCAGCACUCCGCAUGCAGGCAGAAGCCAAGAAUGGCAAGGGAACAGACAAUCGCCGGCCUGUGCGGAUCGUGGUCACACAGCCUCGGCGGAUUGCCGCCAUCACCGUGGCGAAGCGCGUUGCCGAGGAGCUGGGCGAAAAGGUGGGAGAAGGGGUCGUCGGCUACAAGAUCCGCGGCACCACAGUGGCUUCUCCGAAAUGCAAGCUGCUCUUCUGUACCACGGGCGUGGUGUUGCGCAGAUUGGCGAACGAGGGAUCAAAGUUCAUGUUCGGCCCAAAGACGGUCACGCACCUGCUGGUGGACGAGGUGCAUGAGCGUGGCGUGGAGACGGAUUUUAUGCUUACCUUCCUGCGCGAGAUUCGGGUGAACCGCCCCAACCUUCGUGUGGUGCUCAUGAGUGCCACCAUGGACACCGAGUGCUUUCUGAAGUACUUCAGUCUUCCCGUGAAAGUUCCGAAUGGGGACGCCAACAAAAUUACUCUCAAGCAGCCGCCCAUGGUGGUCUGCCCUGCAUUCUGCCACCCGGUGGCAGAGUGCUACAUGGAAACCAUCAAUGCUCGCCUUGGCCGCAACCGAUCUCCCGAAGCCAAGAGCCCGGAGGAGCUUCGCAGGGAGCCCACCGAAAUGUCGGAGAGUGAUGGCAUCGACUACGAUCUUAUUCUGAAGAUCGUGGAGGCCAAUGAGGCCGUGCACGAGAGCAGUUUGCAGCCAUUGCCUCCCUUCCCCUCCUUGCUGCCCCGCGUGGAUGUGGACAGAGACAUUCGCCGGAUGUCCGCACGGGAAUUGGGGGAGAAGCUAACGGUGACGGGCAAAGAACUGGAGUCUUUGUUGAAGCUCGACAAGGAGAUGGGCGAAGAAGCGAUGAGGUGUGUCGUCGUAGCAUGGCGGCCCGGAUGCGAUGAAAAGGCCCCUCUUCGUCCAGCGAUGGCCUUGAAGCCGGGAGACACGGCAGACAGCGUGGAAGUGCUAUCGGGAAGGGCUUACAACACAUCCACCGCCCAAUGA